GCAUUCCAACUGUCGGGCGCGAGUCACUCUCCGGAAUCUCCGCCCUCUUCUUUACAGCGUUUGCGCGGCUUGUCCGGCCUGUGCGCUGCCCGCCAGUCAGCCGGGCUCCGGCUGGGUGAGUGCGCAUGCGCAUGGGAGUCGGGGUCGCUGCGGUUACCGACGGUUUCCCGUGUGAAUAUGAUUUAGAGGGGUACAAGAAAAUGGCCGCGGCCGCGAGAAGCAGAGUGGGGGCAAGGCCCUGACUGGAACGCAGAGGGGACUUCCUGCGCCGGGGGGUGGCGUGAGCGCGCUCGUGGCCCAGGCGCCCUGCGAACCAGACUCCGCUUCCUCCCCGCAGCCAGCGCCUCGGCCCCGCAUCCGCCGGCCCCGCCUGACUGGAGUGAAAGGGAAGCGGCGAGACAGACAGGUGUGGAAAAAUGGCAAAGAGAAUUGCAGAGAAGGAGUUGACUGACAGAAAUUGGGAUCAGGAGGAUGAAACUGAGGAGGUGGGAACUUUCUCAGUGGCUAGUGAAGAAGUCCUGAAGAACAGAGCUAUUAAGAAAGCAAAGCGCAGAAAUGUUGGGUUUGAGUCUGACAAUGGAGGAGCUUUUAAAGGGUUUAAAGGUUUUGUUUUACCUUCUGGAAAAGGAGGUGGUGGCUUCACUGGAUUUGGUAAUGGUACAGAAAUGAAGCCUUUAGGAGGGCUGUCGAAUGGAAGCAGUGGUAUUUCUAGUACUCCCUCUUUCACUAGUGUAAAGACUGUUCCUGAAGUACAGCCUGCAUUUGGAUCCGUGACAUCAAAUGGUCCCACCACCACAAUGGUUGAGAAAAAGGCUUCAGGCACAAAAGCUAAUGGUGGCAGUCAACAAUCCUCAUCUUCUGGUUACACUCAAAAUAAAAUGUGCAGCUCUAGUGUUUAUCACAAACAGUUAGCAGCUCUAAACUGUUCUGUACGUGACUGGAUAGUAAAGCAUGUAAACACAAAUCCACUCUGUGAUCUGACACCCAUAUUUAGAGACUAUGAGAAAUAUUUAGCAAGCAUUGAACAACAUCAUGGAAGCAGUAGUGAUAGUGGCUCUGAAAAUGAAAGCAACAAAACAACUGGAACUCAGUCUGUUCCUACGUUUGGGACUUCGAAACUUCAGCAAGGAUCAACAUUUUUGUUUAACAGCAACAAAACUGAGGAUGAAUCAGACAAGAAAACUGAAUCUACAUCGGAAAAGAACAGGGAAUCGCCAUUAGGAGUUGCAUCAAAUGUCUCAUUUAAUUUUGGCAAGAAUGUUGAUAGUUCUAUUUUGGGUUCACUUGGUUCUGGCACACUAACUAGUUUUUCAUUCUCCCCUGGGAAUUCGGGUGUAUUUGGAAAAGAUGCAAAGCAGGGAAAGUCUGUCUCCACGCUUUCCACCAGGGUAUUGGAAACUCAGACAGAAAGUGGAAGUAGUGAGGAUAAAGGAGGAGAUGAAGCAGAGGAAGAGCCACCAAAAACAGUUGUUAACGAGGUAAAAGAAGAUGAUGCCUUCUACUCGAAGAAGUGCAAACUGUUCUACAAAAAAGAUAAUGAAUUUAAAGAAAAGGGUGUAGGAACGCUGCAUUUAAAACCUGCAGGAAAUGAAAAAACUCAACUGCUGGUACGAGCAGACACCAAUUUAGGUAACAUACUAUUGAAUGUGUUGGUUCCACCCAAGAUGCCAUGCACAAGAACAGGAAAAAACAACGUUCUUAUAGUCUGUGUUCCCAAUCCACCAAUUGAUGAGAAGAAUUCCACUGUCCCUGUCACUAUGUUAAUAAGAGUGAAAACAAGUGAGGAUGCAGAUGAGUUGCACAAAAUUUUACUGGAGAAAAAGGAGGCCUAAAAAUAUUGCAGUCAAAUGCUCUGAGAAAUUACUGCUAAACUGCUGCUACUCAUUUUUUCUUUAACUGCUUAACUCUCUACUCUGACAUUCUAAGAACUGUUACAGGAAUUCUGAAAAGCUUUUGUGAGGAAAAGCAAAAAUGGCUAAUAAAAGCUUUAACUGAACACAAGAGUCCAUCUGUCCUCCCUCCUUUUUUUGGAAUAUCUAAUGUAUGAACCAUAUUUGGAUAAAAUUUGUACAUUUAAAUUAAAGUGAUUGCUGGACGGACUGAAAUCAAAGUACAAAAUGUUGUACCACAUUUUUCACAGGCUUUAAGGUGAAGUGCAGCAACCUCCUUUUUUUGAACAGGGAGGAGGCUAAAUUGUUUAACUCUUAAAACUGUUUCUAGACCGAAUAGAUUGAUUUUGUAUUUUAAAAAAAAAAAAAGUGUCUGCUAGCUUCUGGUAAGGGAUCUAAUCUUUCGGACUGUCACCUGAAUAAUCAUGUAUCUGAAUAACAAUGCUUCUGUAGAUUCUUUUUAAAUUAAGAAAUUUGAUGUACUGUUGGGAUUCAGAGACUGCAUCUGUGGUUCCUCAAAGCAAAUGAUUUGCUUGCAUUAUUCCUGUUGACUUUAAUGUUGCUCUGCUGCAAACAAUUCAGUUUUGUUGUGCUUACUGUUGCAGCAAGCUAAUGGUGUGCAAUAGUAUCGGCAGACAACUGGAAGACUAUUAGCUCUCAACCCACAACCAGACUGGCCCUAUAAUUGGUUUUCUUGUUGACAGAGCUAGAGGCCAAGGGAGGAGACUCCAAUACUUUCUCUUCUAGAAGUAUUCUUCCCUACUCUCUCCAGGUUAUGGUUGAGACACAUCAACAGCAGAAGCAGUUUGGUGGAGGAAACUGGGCAAGGCAGAUACAUGCCCUAUCUGUUAAUAAAAUGUACUAAGCGUGUCUCAUGAGCAUCAAAUUAAGUUUUAAAAAAUAUCUUUGUGCUGUAAAUGUCUCCUGACAUGGCCAAGAGUCUGUGUGUAAACUUGGGUACUAUACUAUUAAAUAUUUGUCUUUGUGAUGUGAUAAAGCAGCAGAAUACUACUUGCUGGCAUCAAAUAUAGCAGUAGGGUUGGCUGCAGUGUUCUGUCUUUUGGACUACUGAAACAUCUUAAAGUGUGAGUAAAGUAUUUAGUGUUAACCUGGAAGGAAGCUCAGAUGCUAUAUAGACAUACCCAUUUUAAAUGUAAAUUGGUGCCUUUUUUGCAUUUGGUUUUGUGUUUAGCCACUAAAGUAAGUGUGUGUGUGUGAGGGGGGGCGGGGGUUAGUUUCCUCAGUUUUUUUUUCGAAUGUCAUGCUGGUACAUAGCUCAGAGGUCAGAACUUAAAUGUUUGCAUGUUAAUUCUGUGAAUGAAAAUCAUAAUGUGUACAAGUUUUUACAGGCUCAGGUUGAAGGGCCAAGGGCUGAAAUAAUUUUGCAUUUGUUUUUAGAAAACAGUAUCUUAAUAAAUAAAUUUCAGUGAAGAAA